CGUACAUGGAACAGACUUUUGAAAAUCGGAGAACGAAAUAAUACUUGUUCAGCGCAUGGCUGCAAGAAACCCAUCAUCCUGGUACAAAUUCCAAACUUUGGUCAAGCUGCUGUACCGCUACAGAGGUAUGAGUGGCAGCUCGUGGCGGUGCCGCCAGUUCCACCACCGCGAUCUGCCACCGUAUAAGCCGGGAGGUGAAGGUUCUGCGGAUCAAGGGCUAAGGUUCAUAAGCGCAGACUCCAGGGCGUAUAGCCAACCCCAGUUGGGAAUGGAAAAGGAUGAAAGUAGUAGUGAUCAACCACCAUUACCAGCUCCUCCCAAAUUUGGCUUCUCUAAUUGGGUGAAAUGGCUUUUGGGGUCUGUUGUAUCAUUGCUGAUGCCAUUUUGGAAGAACAAAUGGGACUACUUGCUGACAUUGGAAGGAGAGGCGGCAGAGGUGGCGGAGGAGGUGGAGGCAGUGGCACAAGUGGUGGAAAAGGUGGCGACCACCGCGGACAAGGCGCUGACGGAGGUGGCAAAUCAGCUUCCAGACAAGAGUAAACUCAAGGAAGCAGCUCAGGUGAUGGAACAUGUAUCCAACGUAGCUUCCCAUGAUGCCCAACUCAUUGAAAAUAUAAUCGAAAAGGUUGGUGACGUGAAGCAAGAUUUGGAAGAGCUGGAAAGAAUGGUUGAGCCAAUUGUUGAUAAGAUCGUGCAAGGGAAACACCCAAAAACUUAGAAGGAUAUGGAAGGAACCCCCAGUUAUGGUGGGAGUCACCGACCUGUAAUUCUUCAAUGUUCCAAUUAAUUAUAUUUUCUUCACCUUGGAGCAAAUAACAAAUAAAUUGUAAAUUACCUACA